AUGGAGGCUCUAGAACUCGUAGCAAUUAUCACUACAUUCGUCGAGUUGGGGGUGAAAGUGCUCAAGCGACUGAAGGAAUUUCACGAUGACGCAAAAGUUCCAGGGCCUUUUCGAUCUGUUAGGAAUGGCCUACCGUUGACUAUCAGCACACUCAAGCGAACACAGGCUCAAGCAGAAGCUGGCCACCUCAGUCUUGGAACCACAAAAACCUUGGCGCCUUCCGUUGGAGGUUGUUUGAGCCAAGUCAGAUACCUCGAAGAUAAACUGGGGCGGAAACAAGCUAGCGUCGUCACUUUAUUGCUUGACAACGGAGCCCGCAUCAACGCCAUGGACAAUAAGCAGACCAUACCCUUGUGUGCUGCAACGCUCUUGGGCAAUGGAGAUAUUGUGAAGCUAAUGCUCUAUCGGCUUGCGCGUAUCAAUCCGCCCAAGAACGUCGGUCGAUCUGCACUACAUGAAGCAGCCAGGCGCGGACAACACAUGACGGUACAGCGGCUGCUUGACAGGGGCGCCAAAGUAAAUGUUGUUGACGAUCAUGGAUGGACUCCACUGCACAAUGCUUAUCUGGCCAGCAAACAUAGUCAUAGUAAGGUCACAAAGCUAUUACUGGAGCACAAGAAAGCCAAAGUCCACACACUCUGCCCAAAACCGAAAGAUGGAGCUGAAAGACUUGACAAAAGUCCAGUAAGGAUACUUUAUAUGGAGCCGAAGCAGAAAGACUAA